CCGCCCACAUUGCAGCGGCGUAUCCGGGGUCUGGUCGUUACGUGGAUCGUGAAUAACGAAAACGAGUUAUGUGAAAUGUUUUUUGUUUUAUCAGCAGUCAGCAAAACAAUUUUGGUAUUUUUUAGCAAAAGCGUUUGAGGAAUAUCGCCGUUCAUCGCUGAAUGUGUGACGAAUGUCGAAUAUGAAACUAACUUAACCGAUGUGGAAUCUUCCUAUGCGGGGAGUUUGAUAUCCGCUCGUGGGAGCUGCUGCUCGAUCAGAGGAUCAGAGAUCAAGCUGAGAUCGGCCAUGGAGUCCUGAGGAGGAUGUUUGCUCUCCUUUGUCUCGCCGCUCUGCGCGUUUCUCUGCUGAGUCAGCAGGCUUCUGCAGGGAUCACAGACAUCCGAGCCGUACCUGGACAGAACGUCACUCUGCCAUGUCGAGCUCCCAAAAGCAACCCCAUCAUCGCCAUCGAGUGGUUCAAACCUGGCGAGGAGGAGACGUAUCUGCUUCUGUACCGCGCGGGGCUGGUCCUCCCAGAUGGUCAGCAUCCAGCCUAUCGGAACCGCGUGGCGUUCCAGAAGGAACAGACGAAGGACGGAGACGCGUCUGUGACUCUGAGGGCGGUGACGGUUGAGGACUCGGGGACCUACACCUGUGUGGUCAGCCAGAGAGAAACCUCCCAAACCCGCUCCAGACAGAUACUUCCCACUACCUUCAUCCGCUUGACGGUUGAUCCCGCCCCUUCCUCGCCAGCUUCCAGAGGAGGCGGGUCUUUCGGGCUGACCGCGCUCCAGCUGGUUCUGGCUGUGAUGAUCAGUUCAGUCUGAGUUCUGCUGCUGCUGGGAUCCAGGAAGAGUUCGGACCUUCAUGUCUGGAUCAGCGGAGCAGCAGAACCCUUGGAGACUCCGGCUGAGGAGACCGUCGAGGGCGCAGAGACAUCAGAGGGAGGAGCUUACACCUCUGAACGGAGCAAAGAAACAUUUCAACUGGUGCAUGAUGGAGUUACUGACGGUUCAGGUCUACAGGAGAUGUUCAGAUGGACUUCUAGAACUGCAUUCCAACAGAUUCUUAUCCUCAUGUCGGGUUCAGCAGUAAUCGCGGUUCGUGUCCGUCCAGAAUUCUGAAUAAUUCUGACUAGAGCUGUGAGAGAAAAGGGUCUGGAGGAGGAGUCACCAGAUCUACCCUGCCUUAAAAUAUCCCAGCAAACAUCUCUCCACCUGUACAUGCACUCAUGUCGGACAGUGACGGUCCAGUGUGGACACCGCAUGCUAAGAAUGUCUGCUUAACAAUAUUACAUCUUCUUUAGUUCCUUUCAUAGAACUUAAGGCUGCUGCACAUGAAAUAGUGACAUAUCACGUAGCACAGGGUGGUUGUUUAGCAUUUCAUGAUCAUUUCAGCUUUGCUGCAUGAAGGGGGCGGAGCUUUGUUGUCUCUGGUUUUAAAGGACUGAUGAAGCUAAUAAAACAUUUUCUGGAGUGAA